GGACGCGUUGCUAGGCAACAGCGUACCUGCAGAGUAAAGUGUGGGUUACCUGUAAGCCUAGACUCAGAGGACAGCUGUUGGAUUUAGAGCUGGGAUGACUCAUCCGUGGCUCAGCGCGGCUUCAAUAAAACACCGGUAGAACUAAAAAAAAACAAGAAGUCGACAUCCUGACAGACACAAAGCUCGACAGACAGCAGAUGUGAAGAUGGCAUUAGCCAGCGGUCACUGGCUGGAAAAGGAGAUGAGGGGAGAAGCUCCAAGUCCCAGACAAGGUCAUGCUUUAGCUGUGGCAGGAAACGUUGCCUUUCUGUUCGGAGGAGCCUCCAGCAUCAACCAAGAGGAGGACAACACUGUUUACUUCAGCGACUUCUACAUGUUAUCAGUUUCUCCUGAUGAUGUGACAUGGGAGGAGAUUCCUCAGAGUGGAGAAGUUCCCUCAGCCAGAGAAGGACACACUCUUUGUGUUGUGAAAGGGAAGCUGUAUCUGUUUGGAGGAGCGUCCACCCCCGACGCCCCUGAGUGUCUCCCAGGAGUCUACAGCUUUGAUAUAGUGUCUCUGACUUGGGAUUGCUUAGCAGUCGGGGGCGUGGCCCUCAGAACCCUCAGACACAGCUCUGUUGCAGUGGGAGACAACAUCUACGUGUACGGAGGCAUAGUGGGAGGGAAUCCAACUGACGAUCUCAUGGUCUUCAACACAGCGUCUCUCACCUGGACGCCGGUAAAAACUAGCGGAUCGCUGCCUCCUGCUCUGUGGGGUCAGAGUUUUGCUCUGGUCGGAGAUCAGGUGUUCAUGUUUGGAGGUUUUGAAGCAGGUGGAGACUUUUGUAAAGACUUCCAUGGUCUCAACACAGAGAUCUUGGUGUGGCAGAAAUGGGAGGUGAAGGGAGAAUCACCUGCAGCCUGCAGCGGACAAACACUGACUGCACACCAUGAUAAAGAUAUCUACCUGUUUGGUGGCAAAAGCACAAAUGAGGACGGCAUGAUGACGUCUUCCAAUGAAAUCCAUAAACUCAGUAUUUCUAAGAUGAAGUGGAAGGUUCCUCUGUACGUCGGGAUUCCUCCGGCCCGACGCCACGGACACACCGCCUUCGUCCUCCACAGCCACCUGUAUGUAUUUGGAGGGAAGAAUGAAGAGCAGGAGUUUAAUGAUCUGAAGGUGAUGAAACUCAUUAACCCCUCAGAGAGACAACCAGUGAUGAAGGAGAUUCUGUCAGAGUUUGGUCUGCAGGGAGUCAGCCACAGCUUCACGCCCACGAAGGUUCCCAAUGUUCGUUACGAGCUGAGCGACUCUGCUCCCUUCAACCAGUCCAGGAACACAGCAGCUAAUGCACAGGCGAUGGUCCACAGAGACUUCAGUACAGUUCGAGAUCAGGCCAUGAAAAUGAUCCAGACAGCCUUCACUCUGCUGGACCAGGAGUUCCAGAAACUGGAUCGAGAGAAGUCAGAGUUGUCUCAAUCUGCUGCUGCUCUGCAAAGAGAGAAAGAAGCUCAUGAAGCCUGCAGACAACAACAGCAACAGGAGCUGCAGGAGAUGCUGGACAGACAUCGCUCUCAGAAUGAGGCGUGGCUUCGAGCGAGAGCCGAGGAGAACGAUCGAGAGAAGAGGGAGCUCUGUAGACUCAGAGAGGAGGUGUUGCAGGAGCAGGAGAGGCUGAAGGAGGAGCAGAACAGCAUCCAGAAACGCAGCGAACAUCUUCUGUCCAUCAUGCAGCAGUUCAAGGGAAUGUGAGAUAGAUAGAGGACUGGUAUUACCUGAAAGAGAAAAAACUAAAUCCUCUUUAUGUAUUAAACUUUCCUUCAAUUAAAAUAUAUUGCAAAAUAAUAAUAAUAAUGUUAAAAAAAAGUUUGUAUCUUGUAUUGUUGAGUGUACAACAGCUGAUCAUAACACUGUAUUAGAAAAAACAUCAUUUGACUGAUUCAUUGAGUGGUUAGGAUAUGAGAAUUUCAUAAUAAACCCUGACAAAAGUCAGACUUCCAAC